AUGAGUUUUCGACAAAGAAGAUUAAGAGGAAGAGGAAAGAGAAAUGCAAGAGGCAAAAGUGUCGCUGCGCUCGCGGCGGCGACGGGGAAAGAUGAUAUUUCGACGACGACGAUUCAGAGGAAUAUGAGUUUACUCACGAGCCAAAUAUUAGCCGGUAUAACGGUUUCGUUGGCGAUGGUACCAGAGUCUCUCUCGUUUACGUUCGUCGCUGGGGUAUCUCCGAUUGUCGGUUUACACGCCGCCGGUCUCAUGGGUUUAACUUGCGCCAUUUUUAACGCACAACCCGGCGUGAUUUCAGGCGCGGCUGGCGCGACGGCGGUUGUUAUCGCUCCAUUGGUGGCGUCCAAAGGCGUGGAGUAUUUGUUCGCGUGUUGUUUGCUGUGCGGGGGGAUACAAGUCCUGGCGGGCGCGAUGCGACUCGGGAAGUUUAUUCGAUUAGUUCCGCAACCCGUUAUGCUUGGGUUCGUGAACGGUUUAGCGAUUGUUAUUGGGAAGAGUCAGCUCGAGCAUUUUCACGGGUUGAGCGGGUCUGCGUUAGCGGUUACGGUUGGAUUGACCGCGUUCACCAUGGCGUUGAUUAAAUUGAUUCCAAAGUACCUGACGAAGAAAAUUCCGUCGCCGCUAUUGGCAAUUGCGAGUUUGACCGCGUUGACGCAAGCGUUUAGUUCCCAGAUGAACGGGGUAAAGACGAUUGGAGAUAUUUCGAGCGUGGCGGGUUCUUUGCCACAAUUUUCAAUUCCGAGCGUACCGAUGAGUUUGGAAACGUUGUUGGUGAUUGCGCCGUACGCCGUUUCUGUCGCAGCAGUUGGACUCAUCGAAACUUUAUUGACGCAACAGUUGGUGGACGACAUCGUCGAGAAUCGCACGGCGACGCAUACCGAGUGCAUCGCGCAAGGCUUAGGAAACAUCGCCAAUGGCUUUUUCUCGGGCAUGGGUGGAUGCGCAAUGAUUGGUCAGUCGAUGAUUAACGUGAAUUCGGGAGGAAGAACGAGAGUCUCUGGUGUCGUCUGCGCUUUGGCAAUUUUUUCGUACGUGUUGUUUGGCUCCUCGUUGAUUGAGAAAAUUCCAUUAGCCGCGCUCGCCGGGACGAUGUUGUGCUUAGUGUUGGACAUUUUUGAUUUCACGAGCUUCAAACGAAUCGCGAGAAUUCCAAAGACGGAUGCCGCUGUUCUUAUCGGCGUGACCGCGGUGACCGUAGUGACGAACUUAGCCGUGGCCGUCUUUGCCGGUGUUAUUCUGAGUGCGUUAGGUUUCGCGUGGAAAUCCAGUCAACGCAUCGACGCCGUUCGCGUGCGCGGUACCGCCAAAGAUGGCAGCGAAGAGGCUAUUUAUUUCUUGUACGGCCCGCUCUUCUUUGGAUCGGUACAAAGUUUUUUCGAGAAAAUCAACGUUAGGAGAGAAUCCGCGAAGAACGUCGUCUUAGAUUUCGCGCACUCGAAAGUUUGGGAUUCGAGCGGAUUGGUUGCUAUCGAUGAUCUCACAGAAAAAUUUCGGCGCGAGAACGUCCGCGUCACGUUGAGGCACUUAUCGCCAGAUUGUACAAAGCUAUUACGAAAAGCUGCGGACUUAAUGGAAGUUUCCGUAGACGACGAUCCCGUAUACGCCGUCGCGACGGAUUACAUGCCAGAAGUUUUACCCGCGGUCUCGGAAGAGUUGCAAGAGAAGAAGCGCGUGGUCCGAUAA